AAGGAUGUUGAAACCUAAGGCAAUACCCGAAAGAGAACACAGAGAAGAACACAAAAACCUACUAAACGGAAGGUGGGAUGGAUUAUUUAUUGGAGGUUGGGAGUAUAUUAAUGCUCAGACACAGAGAGGACAGAUUCAAGUGCUUAGUCGCGCAGCUGUCAUUCGAUAUUACAAACCCACCCCUCACUAUCUUCCUUUCUAGACAGCAAAUAAGAGUUUGCUUCUGUCGGAUCUCUCUCUCUCUCUCUCUCUCUCUCUAAAGGCCACCAUUCUCUUUUUUUGCCCUUUCCUGUUUAAUUUAAGCAACCCAGACCCAUUUGUUGUCAAUAAACUCAUCACCUACAACAGCAUCAUAGACUAGCUCCAUCUAUCAUUUGCUUUGUCUCAAAAUCUCUGAUGAUGAUUCUUUUGUUUUGAGAAAAGUUGAUGAUUGAAAUAGAGGCACGCAUAUAGAGCAGAAGCGCAGACAAUAUAAUGAGAUGGAAGAGAAGAGAGGAAACAAGAACAGAAGAUACUGAUAUAUGUGAGUGAUAUAUCAAGUGUUCAUGCAUGAAUAAGGAUACCCAUUUGACUUUUUGAUGAUUUGCAUGCCAUGGCUUAUCCACAUUAUCGAUCUCAAUUUGGAGAUACAACGUUCACUAAAGUGUUCGUUGGGGGCUUAGCUUGGGAGACCCCUACUGAAGAAAUGCGUAGAUACUUUGAGCAGUUUGGAGAAAUUCUUGAAGCUGUUAUCAUCACUGAUAAGGACACAGGAAAAUCCAAAGGAUAUGGCUUUGUUACUUUUCGCGAACCUGAAUCGGCCGCAAGAGCUUGUGCUGAUCCAAAACCUGUAAUUGAUGGGAGAAAAGCUAAUUGCAAUAUUGCUUCUCUUGGACGGCCUAGACCUUCAACUCCCAGAGGAAGACCACAAGGUGGCAGUACUCCUUACCAGGGAAGCCCAUCAUAUAGUGGAGUGGCAACGCCAUUGCCUCCUCCUCCACCACCACCGCGCCCGCCGCCGCCUCCUGUUUUCUUUCCACAUUUCGGGUAUCCACCUUACACUCCUGGUUAUGGGUACCACCAGGCUAUCUAUAACACACAAGUUCAACACCCACAAUACUAUCAUCAAGUGUAUGGAACAUCAUCAUCCGCAAUGGGCUCACCAUACUACUAUCAUGGUUACUCUUUGCAACCUCCAAGGGAAGCACGUUCUGCACCUCAACCUCUACGUUUACCAGGACCACCCUCCUAUUUUUACUACCCUAGCAGUACUUUCGACCCAUCCUUCUCUACGUAUCCUCCUCCGCCUACUAUUCAACCCACAAGGCAUCCCUUCCCUUCUUCUACUGAUUCGCAGCAGACUCCACAGCAUCCCACAACAGAAACAGAAGCUGGUGUGGUUACUUCGGAAAUUUCAAAUCCUUAGCUUAAAGAAAGAAUUCAUCAUCAACAUAUACAUGAUUCGAUGAAAAUUUUAUUUGUAUAAUCUCCAUAACUCGGUGGUCUUCAUCUCUGAUGUCCUAUGUUCUCAGCAUUUCCUUUAUCUUUUUACCACUCCACAGAGAGAUUAUAUUCAACUUCUCUCCAGCUGCUGCAGCAAAGGAUUCGGACUAAUGAACCAGCUUAUGCAGAUCUUUAAUUAUUUCUUUUUCCCAUGUUAAUUUGAGUUAAUCAUUCUUAUAAAGUAUACAAAUUUUAACAUCUUGAACAAAAUCUGUAUGAACAGAAAGUAGGGAAGUACAGUACUCCCUCAAUAAGAAAUUUUGUUAAAACA